AGUCAUCACAGCUAAACUUCCAGCCAAUCUUAGCCUUGUAGAGGGAGAAGUAUCCUAUUGGGUAGAGGCAGGGGAUAGAAAUAUGUGCAAGAUGAUAUAGCCUACAUAACUCUUUCACAGAGGAGAGCUUAGUACAGACAGCAAAGUUAGAGAGAGAAAAAUGGUAUUAAUUCAGUUAUCAUCUCUAGUCUCAGAAGUGUCGCAUGGACAGGCUUUCUUAGGUCUGUGUAGUUUACUUAUUUCCCUUAUUGUUCUUUUGCUGAUCCGGCAGCUUGUGAAGCAGAGGAGACCCCGAGGAUUCCCUCCUGGACCGUCACCUAUCCCUGUCAUAGGGAACAUUAUGUCUCUAGCAACAGAACCGCACGUCUUUAUGAAGAAACAGAGUGAAAUCCAUGGGCAGAUUUUCAGUCUUGAUUUGGGAGGCUACUCAGCAGUGGUUCUGAAUGGAUAUGAUGCCAUCAGAGAAUGCCUGUACCACCAGGGUGAUGUCUUUUCUGACCGGCCAUCGCUGCCUUUAUUUAUGAAAAUGACAAAAAUGGGAGGACUUCUGAAUGCUAAAUUUGGCAACGGAUGGAUUGAACAUCGUCAACUGGCCAGCAACUCCUUUCGUUACUUUGGCAGUUUUCAAAAGCCCCUCGAUCAGAAGAUCCUGGAAGAGUGCAUGUUUUUUGUGGAUGCCAUCGACGAACACAAAGGGAAACCCUUUAACCCAAAGCACCUGGUGACCAAUGCUGUGUCCAACAUCACCAACCUCAUCAUGUUCGGCGAGCGUUUCACGUACGACAACUGUGACUUCCAGCAUAUGAUCGAGAUCUUCAGUGAGAAUGUGGAGCUGGCCGUCAGUGGCUGGGCCUUCCUUUACAACGCCUUCCCAUGGAUCGAGUACCUCCCCUUCGGAAAGCACCAGAAGCUGUUCCGCAACGCAGCCAAGGUCUAUAACUUCCUGGAGCAGAUCAUCAAGCGCUUCUCGGAGGGCAGAGUGUGCAACUUCCCACGCCACUACAUCGAUGACUACCUGAACAAGUUGGACAAGAGUGCUGGAGACUUGGGCACCCCGUAUUCCAGGGAGAACCUAAUCUACUCUGUGGGCGAGCUCAUCAUCGCAGGCACGGAGACCACCACCAACACCCUACGCUGGGCUAUGCUCUACAUGGCCCUCUACCCCAACAUUCAAGAGAAGGUGCAUAAGGAGCUGGACAGUGUGCUGGGAAGUGGGCAGUCCCCCUCGCUGGCGGACAAAAAGAGGAUGCCCUAUGUGGAAGCGGUGCUACAUGAGGUCCUGCGUUUCUGUAACAUCGUGCCCCUGGGCAUCUUCCGCGCCACCACUCAGGACACACUGGUGAGCGGCUACAACAUCCCCAAAGGCACCAUGGUCAUCACCAACCUGUACUCUGUGCACUUUGAUGAGAAGUACUGGUGCGACCCUGGAACCUUCUCACCACAUCGCUUCCUGGACAGCAAUGGAAACUUUGUCCGACGGGAAGCUUUCCUACCCUUCUCUCUGGGGAAGCGUCACUGUUUGGGCGAGCAUCUGGCCAGGAUGGAGAUGUUCCUGUUCUUCACCACCAUGCUGCAGCGCUUCCACCUGCAGUUCCCCCCUGGUACAGUGCCAAGCCUCACCCCCAAACUGGGCAUGACCCUGCAGCCGCUGCCUUACUCCAUCUGCGCCGUCCGCAGGCAGCAGUGACAGAUUCUCAGACUGCACAGCCCGAAGGGGUGGGGGGGUUGGGGGUUUAGUCAGAACAGAACAGGGGUCUAGAGCUUGGACUCCUACCCUGACCUCCAGGGUCUGAACUCGUGUUUUACACAGAACUGCUAGAAUUCUAAACAUCAGCCGAUGGUUGUUUCUGAGCAAUUGCAUGUUUGCACAGCACCAUUUGCAAAGUCACAGGAUCACCAGAAAUGUUACUGGCAAGAUCCUGAAAUAUCAGGUGGAACUUCUCAGUAAGUUUAAUCGAGAAGAUAAGAAGUGUGAAUAUUUAAACAAUAGACGCACACAUAUACUAUGAAUUAACCUUGAAUUAGAAUUGACUUUUUAUCUGUGUCCUUAUAAUCAAAUGUCUCAUCUUCCCUGCGGGAUUACGUCAAUGAUUGACAGGAUGGACCUCUAUGAUGGUUCACAGCCCUGUCUUCUCUCUCAGCCUGCCUAAAUGAGAAAUGGGAACAUUACCCACUGGGCACACACUGGUUGAAUCAUUGUUGUUUCCAUGUCAUUUCAAUGAACCUACGUGGAAUAGACAUUGAAUUGAUGUCUGUUCCCAGUGGGUAGUUUCAGCUGUUUCUACAGCACAGUGAAAAUAAGUAGACUAGCAGCCAGCCUUUCCUAGAAGGCUCUGGACAUGGUGUUUAGUCUGGAUCAGCGCCAUAUCAAGCAGUCUGAACUAACAAUGAACCCGAUCUCUAGGGAUUCUUCCAUGGAAAAGCCUUCUCUCAGAAAGCUACUGCAAUAUCCAUUGAAAAUGUCUUUGUGAUGCUGUCCUUUGUGAUUUAAGUCAAUUUUACUUUUGUCUAUUAUGGUCAUACUUUGUAAUAAGAACUCCAUUUUGGUG